UUUGCGGUCGGAGGCAGCUUUCAAGUAACUACUGAACUGAACGAAAUGAGCGUCCCACCAGGAAACAUACGCGAUCUUCGUGUGAUUGGCAGCUCACGUUUGUGCAACGGAACGCUGAGUGUGCGUCUCUCAUGGACGUGGCCUGGUGGCCAUCUGGACACAGGCACAGUCGAAUCGGUCCAGCUGCGUACGAGUGCCAGCUACACAAGCUUGUUAAAUGAAUUUGAAGACCAGAACCUCCUAACCGAAGCAAACGUACUUCACGGGGAUUUAUUACCAAGACCGCCGAGAACGUCACAUAGAGUUGAAGUGGCACUGCCAGCCCCAAUUCUUGAAAUACACGAAGGGAAAGACCAGAUAGGAAAAGUGUAUCUCUCAGCAGUCGUAGUUAACCAGUUUGGUCUCAUGUCCGAUAUGUCCAGCGUCGUCGUCGUUUCGAGCGCUUGGAACGAGCAGGAACUUUCCCCUCAAAACGAAUCACAAUUCCUUCUAAACAAGAUACUACUUGGUCUUGCAAUAGCAGGCUUCGCAACAGCGCUAGUUUCCUUUAUCGCGCUUGCGAUCUGGUGCAAGAGAAAACAGGGCAGCAGGAAUCCUGAAACCAAAAAGCGUAACUGUGACCAAGAAUGUUGAGACGGGAUUCGUUUGCUUUUUUAUUGGAUUCAA